AUGGCGCCUAUCUCGAAAACUCACGAGCAACACGGUGUCUCAGCUGGCAUGGAAAAAAGAAAACAGGUUGAUUCUCCUGCUCACCCGAUCUCCCAGCUGCAAGGUCCCUUUGAUGAAUCGAUUGUGGAAGCUAUUGAAGGAACGGGGAAUGAGUGGACGGUUGAGCUGGACGCUCUGUCUCGGCGCAGGGACCUACUUGAGAACGCCAACUAUGAGAGACUUUGCGGUCGACGAUGGCGCCAGAGACCUGGUGAAAGGUAUCAUCCGUUCUGGAAACUCAUUGCGCAAAUGUCUUUCGGUGUUCACCUUCUAGUGAAAGGGCUAGCUAAAUCAGAUACCGAAGUUCUCAAGAUCCUUCAAAGUCAUGUUGACGAGAUGGACGGAUUUUUGGAAAGGACCUCGGAGGAUUUCCUGAUCAUUCAACUCGACCUUCGUACCCGAAUUCAAUAUCUCAGCUUGCCUCUACAGAAUUUGGACGUAUUUGACGGAAUGCUUGCAGAUCGAAACUUCCGGUUUUCGAUGAUUGCGUAUAACCACCUGAUUGAGCAUGCCAUUGAGCGCUUCUCGCUUACAGUCAAGGAUGCGCUUAAGGAUAUAUCCAAAGGGAAAGAGGCCAUUCGUGCCUUGCGGCACUACCUAUGGCAAUCUGCCACGGAAAAUGUCCCUUUGCCAAAUCACAUGCAAGCUGUAUACGAUUCCAUGGCUGCGAAUGUCGAAGGAUGGAAUAACACCUUGUCAAGGUUGCGCAAGAAGGGAACUUCUCUUGAAGCUGCACUUGUCCAACUUGGCCGGGCUGUGACGGAGAUGCAACGGCGUGUGGGUGUGGCGAGCAGGAAAGACAAAGUUUCAUCUUUUAAUACUUCCCAGAGCCAAAGUCCACCCCCUUCGAGGUCCCUGAGAGAGCAACUAUUUGAAAAAGGGCCAUCCGUCUCUAGCCGUCCACUCUCUGAUAAACCACUACCACAUGAUCCUGGCUUCGCUAGACCAGGGUCCUCACCGGGAAUCUCCAGACAAAUCGGAAGUCGAAGAAUAACUCAGAAGAGCGUCCCAAAUCUUAGAGCCGCUAAAGUUUCGGACAGUCCUGUUACAGCAGAAAGCACCUCCGGCCGUGCACAAUCCGCCAACGAGGCGACAGAAAGUCACCCUGCCGCUGAUCCACUUGCCCCGAAAAUUCAUAGGAGCCUCAGCAGAAAGCUCUCAAGAGUUAUGCUACCGAAAAGAUCUGCGAGUGGGGACUGCGUAACCACGCAGAAUCGACCUUCUUCAGAAAGGCCCAAUACACCCAAGUAUCGGAGUAUUUCAUUGGAUCGUCUAAAAAGUAUACGCACGAACAGGGAUACGCCUAUACCAGAGAUACCAUCAGUACCACCAGUGGAUACACAAUUUCCACCACGACCCUCUACAAGACAGGAAAACAUGAAAGACCAGAUCCUACAAUAUUUCAAGACAGACCAAGUAGCAAACGCCUGGGAAACUGAGACAGCAGAGAAGAAGGAAAAGAAGAUCACACGCCGCGCAUCCUUGAAAUUAAAGGAAGGGCCAUUGAGUGUAUUCCGCAAGCGAUCUUCAAACGCACUUCGCACCUCUGAACGACCUCAAUCCGCAGUACCAUUUGAGAAGGACCUGGAUAAACAGAUGGCCUGGCUCCAGCAAGAAACGACAGCUUUGAAUACGUACUCGCUGAAACCGAAACGCGAGGUUUCACCGAGGAUACAUGUUCUUGACGUUCAGUCAGAACUUACUGAGGAGGUUGAGGAAGGAGGCAGAUCAACUGGUGAUGACGCCAGUGAAACUGGAACUACAAAGGGAGACGCUGAGCCUGUAAUAACGGCUCUUCCUUCCUUUCCACUUCCACCGAUCACUGAGGUCCGCACUGCUUCACCUACAUAG